UAAGAUUUUUCGUUCUGGAUUAAAGACCUAAAUUCGAUUUUUAAUGUUUUAAGGUCUUGAAAUAAUAGGAGGUGAUGUCCGAGAUAAGGCCCGAGGAGGUGUUGACGUCGGUGUGGUGGGACAUUGAGACCUGUCCGGUUCCUGAUCGAUAUGAUGCUGGUGGAGUCGGUCGGAGUAUAAAAACAGUGUUGAAGAAUGGAGGCUGCUUGGGUCCGAUAAUAGUCACUGCGAUUGGCAACCUAAACCUCAUCCCUCAUAACGUCCUCCAAAAGCUCUCUUCCACUGGAGUCGCUCUUAAAUACGUAUCAUGCGGUAUCAAAGACAUUUCGAAUGAUAUCUAUCGGUGGGAAGAUAGUCAUUCACCUCCGGCUAAUAAAGUGGUCAUAUCCGGUGAGGAUUUACCUGAAACUUUUAUAAUGAUCCCCCAACGUCAGAGGGGAUACACAACUUUUCGGGCAUGUCCAUUUCCUCCAAAAUUUCCAGCACGGUGGCUCUGGCCGGAAGACUUACUGGAAGAUGCAACGGGUUCAGGAGGGUCGUCUGCGGAUAAUGAACAGAAGAAGCUUCGGGAGACGUGUUAUCGAUGGGGUGAAUAUGCCUUUUCUUGCACAUUAUGCGGUGUUGCUUGCCAUAGCUUUGAAAUAUUCUCCAUGCAUCUCCAGAGUAAACAACAUGAAUUGUUCGACAUUUCCGUUAACACGGUUGGGGAGGCUUCAAAAAACGCGUACUACAUGGCUCUGUCUGCAUCUAAAUUUCGACCAUCUCUUCUCUCUCCUGAUCUUAAGCUUUUUGUUGGAAAUCUUUCCUUUAAUGUUGAUAGAGCUCAGCUCACUCAGCUCUUUGAGAGCGUCGGAAAUGUUGAGAUGGUUGAGGUAAUCUAUGACAAAGUGACUGGACGGAGCAGAGGUUUCGGAUUUGUGACAAUGUCCACUGCAGCGGAAGUUGAAGCAGCAGUUCAGCAGUUCAAUGGCCAUGAGUUUGAAGGCAGACCCUUGAGAGUCAACGCUGGCCCUCCCCCACCUAAAAGAGAGGAAUCCGUCUCCAGGGGACCAAGAAGUGGUGGGUACGGUUCUGAACGUGGUGGUGGUUACGGCGGGUCUCAACGUUCCAGUUAUGGUUCUGGGUCAGGGUCUGGUUCAGGAAACCGCCUUUAUGUGGGCAACCUUUCUUGGGGUGUCGAUGACAUGGCCCUUGAGAGUUUGUUUAACGAGCAAGGAAAGGUUGUUGAAGCCAGGGUUAUCUACGAAAGGGACAGUGGUAGAUCCAAGGGAUUUGGGUUUGUGACACUCAGCUCUUCACAAGAGGUUCAAAAGGCCAUCAAAUCUUUGAAUGGUGCAGAUUUGGAUGGAAGACAAAUAAGAGUCUCAAAGGCUGAGGCUAGGCCACCGAGAGGCCAAUUUUGAGCGGGCACGCCACUUCACGUUCUCAUCAAAAAAUGCAGAUUCUGUAGGGUAAGACUCUCAAUCCUCAGCCAUGUUCGAGAGCAUUUCCUGUCUGGCUACAAACGACUAAGUAUGUUGAAUCUUGAAUGUAACAGGUUCUUUGUGGCCGCAUAUCGGGUUAGUGGACAAUGGCGGUUUCAGAGAAUAACUAAAACGUAGAAGCUAAGUACCAAAGAAACAUCUCUUUUCGUUUGCGUUUGACAAUUAAGUAUAAGAAUUUAA